AGACGGCAUUUGGUUUGGUGUGAUGGUGUGAUAAAUUUUUGUAAAUUCGUAUUUUUCGUUUUCUAACACAAGCUAUUUAUACACGCACCUAAGGAGAAUUCAACAAUGUCUUCAGAGAAGAGGAUAGACAUCACCCAACCUCUAUGGGACCAGAGCACGUUCGUGGGCCGGUUCCGGCACUUCGCUUUUAUAUCCAAUCCAUUGCUGACGUUUGUGCCGGAAAAGCAGCUGUACGAAGCACGAGAUCUUUAUAUGAAGUACAAAGCAGGCCAAGAACCGCCAGGUACGACCAUGGCUCAAGUGAUAAGAGCCAAACAACUGUACGAGUCUGCAUUCCAUCCAGACAGCGGUGAGCUGCAGAACGUGUUCGGUAGAAUGUCCUUCCAGAUGCCUGGCGGUUGUCUAGCCACAGGCGCUAUGUUGCAAUGGUACAGAACGGCGACGGCGGUAGUGUUCUGGCAGUGGGUGAACCAGUCGUUCAACGCGCUGGUGAACUACACGAACCGCAACGCGAACGCGCCGCUGAGCACGAAGCAGAUGGGCGUGGCCUACGUGUCCGCCAUGACCGCCGCCAUGUCCACCGCGCUCACCUUCAAGUUCGUCAUACAGAAGCGCGCCACUAACCCCAUAUUGGCCAGAUUCGUGCCUUUCGUUGCAGUCGCUGCGGCUAACUGGGUCAACAUCCCACUUAUGAGGCAGAACGAGAUCUUACUAGGUUUAGAAGUGACGGAUGAAAAUGGGAAAGUGAUAGGAAAGUCGCAAAUAGCGCCUAUUAAGGGUAUAUCGCAAGUUGUGACGUCCAGGAUCGUAAUGUGCGCGCCGGGAAUGCUUCUGUUGCCUGUGAUAAUGGAGAAAAUUGAACCCAAGCCCUGGAUGCAGAGGAUCAAGAAGGCUCACAUCCUUAUUCAGACGGCCAUAGUGGGCAUUUUCCUAACAUUCAUGGUGCCGACCGCUUGCGCGCUGUUCCCGCAGAGAUGCAAACUAUCAACCGACACGAUCAAGCGUUUCGAAAAGGAGAACUACGAAGAGAUCGUGAAAAACACGGACGGCAAGCCGCCGAAAUACGUGUACUUCAACAAGGGUCUGUAAAGUAGCAAAACAUAUCAAUGGUAGUAGACAAAAGUGUGUAGUAACUGGCCGUGGAGCAUUCCAUCUUAGUCUUCAGAGAUGAAAGUAACUAGUUCUAUUUUUGAAUAUGGUUGCAGAUGGUAAUGCCUGCAGCAUUAACUUACCGUCAGGUUACUGUUUUAUUAUCACUCUUAUGUUAAUAUAAUAUUAAGAAUCAAGUAAUAAACUCAAACCAACAAAAAAUAUAGACGAAACAUUAUUUAUAUUCCAAUGACGCGGGAAUAUGUUCUCAACUUAAUAUGUAUAGUUUAGUAAUUAUAAUAUAGUUUAGUAACGUAUUCGAUUCCCGCAUGAAAUAAAUGUUUGUAUGACGUACAAAUAAUUGUUUGUGUGGGUGUUUGUCUUUGUACUUGUGCUUAUUAAUGAUUUAUGUAUGUAAAACAUAUCUUUGAUACAGGAGAAAUUCUCGGUGUUGGGGUAACGUUUGUUUUAGAAAGAAAUAAAAUAUAUAACCAAAUUUUAGGGAUGUUUUUAUAGGAUGGCAACACUUAAACUCAUUUAAGAUUGGUAUUCGACAGCGUUCUUUCUAUAUUUUUUGUUGAUUUGAACACGGGUUUAAGUUAAAGUAGUAGCUAGGUAAAUAUCUCGAAAUAUUUAGCUGUUAUACGAACAGUGUUCUUUUUCUAUAAGCUGUAUUAGUGGAAUACUAAAUAAUUACAAACACAAUAAACAAUAGUAAAAUAAAUAACUAUUAGAGAAAGUUUUAGUAGGCUAGGUAAAAAAAAAGCAUAAAUUAAAAACAAAGCAUGAAUUUAGUACAAUGAUAACUUAAAGUCACUUCAGCAUAUAUUGCCGCUUAUAUAUUUUGAUUUAUUUAUCUUCAAUAUCUAGUUUUUCUAUUUCACGAUGAACCUUGACUUUGGUUGUUGUUAACCGUGCACAUACACAUUGUGUUAGUGUGCGUAGGCCUCGAGAGCGCUACGCCCACUAAUACAAUGUGUAUGUGUACAACUAACAACGACCAAAGUCAAACCUUCAUUGUGAAAUAUAAUAACUACCAGUCUCACUUUAAUAAAAGUUAUAGCCAGCGUUAAGUCCAGCUAGAGAUUACUUACGUUAGAGAUAUACAGCCUUAUAAUCGUUGACCAUCGCGUACUUAAGUUUAGCAUUAAUUAUCACUAUAUCUGUCUCAUUUGUCAUUUAGUAAAAAAAGAGAGAGAGAGAGCAACUUUAAGCACUUAAUUAAGGCCCAUAAGUAUUCAUAAAAAAAAAACAUGAUGCGUUCGAAACUUUGCAGUUUAUUUAAAAAGGACAGUAAUAACUCGCAGAUUAUUAUGACAUUUUUAUGACAAUGUUCAUUUACUUUACAGAGUGUAAAUUUCCAUAUGUUAUAAAUAAAUAAUUGAAUUUGUACAGAAUAAGUAGAGACAAAGUGGAUAUUGAAUUGAGUAGAGUGGAGAUGACUAAGUAGUUGUUAUUUAAUUGUUAAGGAUUACUUACAGUUUACUACUAAUCAUAAUGGUUAAAUGGUUUAUAUUAAAUUACUUCAUUAUUAUAUGAUGGUUCACUUCUUGCUUUUUAAUUGUGGUUCGUAUUUUUUAUUUCGCUUUUUAAUGUUGCCUGCUUUUUAGGUAUGUAUUUUUAUAGUAUUAUUCGGUUAAGUCCAAAGUAUUAUUUUAUAAUCGCAAAUACUUCUAAUAGAAAAAAAUUAAAAAUCUAUAACUAAAAGUGAGAAAAGUAAAUCAAAUAAUAGAAUCAUGCUUGCUUUUAAUAUCAAUUAAAAUAAAAGAUGCUGUUAGAAUUACUUUUAAUAAUUUGGGUAUUAAAGGAUAGCCAUUUAAAAAAAUCUAUGAAUACAUAUGAAAUAUGUUUUGGAAGUUAUGGCAUAUUUUGUUUAAAAAAUGCAUGCUUUAUUAGUGUCUAUUGCUGUCUUUUUUUGUUAAGUUAAAGUAAAAUUUGCAUAUGAAAAAAAAUUGGUGAUAUUUUCAUAUAAAAAGAAUUACACUGCCCAUACCAGUAAGAACAUACAACAAAUAAUGCAAAUAUAGGUAGGAAAUAAAUAACAGUUUUAUUGUUUUCGUCUACCAUUUUACACACUUUUAUAUUAGAACAGUGAUUCCCAACCAGUGGUCCACAAGGGCUUAAAUAUGGUCCACGAAAGAUUUAAAUAUUUUACUUACAUUCUAAUAGUUUUAAAUAACACAUGUAUAGUUUUCUCUUCACGCGAGUACUGCAAUACCGUGCGUCAGGUUAGUAAGUACCUACUAGCUUUUACAAUAAAUACACAAAUAAUACUGUUAAUGAAUGCUUCUUUAUAGUUUAUUAUAUAAUUGUGAUAAAAGGUGUGAUUAUAAUUUACUGUUAAAUUAACACUUUUUUUCUUUUACUUUGUGGUGUCCGCUAACUACAAAAAAUGAAAGUGGUCCCUGGUCAAAAAAAGGUUGGGAAACUUAUGUAUUAUGUAAACUUAUAUAUUUGGAACAUGUAUGGGAUAUUUUUGUUUUUUAUUUAAUAUUACAUAGACUUCAUAUUUUUAUAUUUACCGUGUACAAAUAUAUCCUGCAUGUACAUUCCACAAAUCGCUUCUACACAUUUCUUAAAGUAUUAUUUAGAAAUACUCGUAUGUAUGUAAUCUACAUCUUACCAUGUUUUGAUAUUUUUUAAAAUUAACUACUGAUUGUAACUCGAACCGAACUAUGAGAAUCUGAGUUAGUAGUAGCAUAUAUUGUGCCAUUUACAUGAAAAUGUGAUGUUUACAGACAUAAAACCUGACUAUCGAAAAUGAAACAUCAUUUUUAAUUUUGUCGAUCAUAACAAGCAGUUCAUUAUCAAUUUAAUUUUUUUUUAAUGGAAUUUAAACAAAAUAUUAGUGUUUCUGUUAAGGUUAGGCAGUUUAAUUUUGGUAUUAUUUUGUUUUAAAACUUUUUAAUCUGAAAUACAUAGCUAAAAUUUUUUAAAUAUAAUAUUACAAUUUAAAAUUUCUUUUUAAUUUAUAUAUUGUAAUUUCGAUUUUGACCAGUAUUUGUUUUAUUUUCUCAUUUAAAAAAUAUAAAAGAUCUGUAGUAGGUCAAUGGAUCUAAAUGUUAAAAUAUUGUAAAGUGAGUUACUUUUAAAUUGUAACCAUAUUGUGUUAAACUUCGCUAUGAUAUUGCACAGUUAUUACUUAUAAAACCUGGCCCCUGAGCAUGAAUUUUCUAUCGUAUUGAAUUCGCAGUCAUCGACUAGUGCUGGUUACGUUCGCCAGGGGCGCUUUUCAUAUUUUCAUGCAAUUUUAGUUGAUACAAACGAAAAUAGCACAGAAGCAUUUUUCAAUCUGUAAUUCUAGUCUUUUUUUCCGAUAAACACUCAACCUUUUUUAAUGAGUUUUAUUUUGUUAUGUAUUAUUGUUUGCUGGUUCAUAUAUUGCCAUUAUUUUGUUUGUAAGUUUAGUAUAAUUUGAUGGAAUAUCAAUAUUUGAUUAAUUACAUAUUGUGAAGACAAUAAACUUGUUUUGAAG